UGUCUGUGACCGCAGCAGCAGCAGCAGCAGCGUCUUGUCUUCAGUGCGGAGAUUCCCCACAAGCAGCAUCCAUUAAAGCAUCAGUGUUACCCUGCUCAAUCAGACACAUCUUCCCCGGGACUGACCACUCCUCGCUGGGAUGUCGUCGUCGAGCCUCGGCGCGGAUCUAGUCGUGAGAGCCGCCGCUGGAGGAGACUUUCCCGUGGUGUUUUUCUGACGGGAAGGAGGGGAGCGGAGCUGCGAUGGAUGAAGGCAGGAGGAGACAAAUAAAAUUUUGAUAAUCGCUGGGUUUAGCCUGCUAGCAGCCUGCUAACGUUAGCAGCUAGCCGUGGGUUGUUUUUUUCCACCUCCCCGUUCACUCCACCGAGGUGCUGUUUUCCUCCGCCAACAAACACUCCUUCAUUUCUUCUUUUAUGAUGGAUGUGGAGACAUGUUGGAGCCGCUGAGGACAUUUCUCUCAAGGAUAAAGAGCUGUCUACGAGCCUCUCAGCGGAGUUAGCUCACACCAUUUUUUAUUCAUCAUCAUUUGUCCUUAUUUUAUUUUUUAUUCAUCUCUGGCUCGUCCGUGAAGAUGCUGGCAGAGGAGGAGUGUGUGUAACGGUGAACCUGAACUCGCAUGGACACACACUCCAUGAAGGUCAUGAUACUGAGAGAAUGAUCAUGCUGGAAAAACAGAGCUCGACGCAGGAGAUCGGCGAGGAGGCCGAGGAGGACGCCAUCUUCACCAUCACGCUGAGGAAGGUGCAGCUUCACCAGUCGGCCAGUAAGGGGCAGCGAUGGCUGGGCGUGGAGACGGACUCGGCCCUGAGCCUCUACGAGACCUGCAAGGUGCGCACCAUCAAGGCCGGCACGCUGGAGAGGCUGGUGGAGUACAUGGUGUCGGCGUUCAGGGGCAAAGACUCCACCUACGUCACCAUCUUCCUCUGCACCUACCGCUCCUUUGCCACCACCAAGCAGGUGCUGGAUCUCCUGCUCAACAGGUAUGCCAAGCUCCCAAACGUCCCUGCAGCCACAGCACACAGAGUCUCCCAGGACGACUGCACAGAGCUGAGAAACACUGUGUCGUCCAUCCUGGGCGCGUGGCUGGACCAGUACUCCGAGGACUUCUGGAGCCCGCCGAACUACGACUGUCUGCACCAACUCAUGUCCUACCUUCACCUCCACUUCCCCGGCUCGGACCUGGAGCGCCGCGCCCGCAACCUGCUGGCCCACUUCCACCGCCGACAGCAGUGUGAGCCUGAUCCUGAUGGGGAACACAUCGGCUGCCCUUUCGCUACGCAGGAAGAGAGCGGCUUUGAGGACGAGCUUCCUGCCUUCAGUUUCCUGUCGUUUGACCCCAUCAUGGUGGCGGAGCAGUUCACGCUCAUGGACGCGGACCUGUUUAAGAAGGUGGUGCCCUACCACUGCCUGGGGGGGAUCUGGUCUCAGCGGGACAAGAAGGGGAAGGAGCACCUGGCUCCCACCAUCAGAGCCACUGUGGCCCAGUUCAACUCCGUCACCAACUGUGUCAUCACCACCUGCCUGAGCAACCCGGCGCUGAAGCCCAACCAGAGAGCCAGGUUGCUGGAGAGGUGGAUAGACGUGGCGCGGGAGUGUCGGAUUCUAAAGAACUUCUCCUCGUUGCGAGCCAUCCUCUCCGCCCUGCAGUGCAACGCCAUCCACCGCCUCAAGAGGACCUGGGAGGAAGUGUCACGGGAGAGUUUCCGCACCUUCCGCGAGCUGUCCGAGAUCUUCUCAGACGACAACAACUACUCCCUCAGCAGAGAGCUGCUGGUGAAGGAGGGCACCUCGAAGUUCGCCACUUUGGAAAUCAACCCCAAACGAGCUCAGAGGAGACACCAGCAGCAGAGAGACCUGGGAGUGAUGCAGGGGACGAUUCCCUACCUGGGGACCUUCCUGACGGACCUUGUGAUGAUGGACACUGCCAUGAAGGACUACACUGAGGGUGGUCUGAUCAACUUUGAGAAGAGAAGAAAGGAGUUUGAGGUGAUCGCUCAGAUCAAACUGCUCCAGUUGGCCUCCAACAACUACAGUUUCACUCAGGACAGCCACUUCAGGGAGUGGUUCGCAGGCGUGGAGAAACUCAGCGAAGCAGAGAGCUACAAUCUGUCCUGUGAGAUCGAGCCUCUGUCCGAGUCAGCCAGCAACACGCUCAGAGCCAAGAAGAACGGAGGAAUCAUGAAGCGCUGGAGCGACCGGCAGUUGACGGAGGCCGGCUGCAGCAGUGCUCCAGGCUCUCACUCCAAGUCCUUCGACCACUCGCACUACAGACCGUACCAAGGAGGAGGGGGGGACAGCGGCGACGCUCUCAGCGUCACCUCCGUCAGCUCUAGUGGGUCAGACCUGGAAGACGUGAACGCCAGCUUCCUGUCAGAUUCUCCAGAGGGACAUGAGAGAAAGACGUCGACUCCGUCAGUGAAACUCACCGUCUCUGCUUUGGGGAGAGAUGCUCCACCAGCAGAUACAACGUCAACGUUCUGGGAGUGCACGUCUCUGUCGUCUCUGGACACCUCGGGGACGGGCUCCAGCUCCGGCUCAGCCUCGGGCUCCAGCAGCGCCUCCUCCUCCUCUGUCUCCUCCUCCACCCCACUGUCCGCCUCCCGCUCACACAAACGCUCUGUGUCGGCGGUGUCGAACUACUCGACUCUGUCACUGCCGCUGUACAACCAGCAGGUGGACGACUGCUGCAUCAUCAGGGUCAGCCUGGACGUGGAGAACGGAAACAUGUACAAGAGCAUCCUGGUGACGAGUCAAGACAAGACUCCAGCCGUCAUCAGGAAGGCAAUGAUCAAACACAACCUGGAGCGAGAGAAGACCGAAGAGUACGAGCUGAUGCAGAAGAUCUCUGAGGACAAAGAGCUCCGGAUCCCGGACAACGCCAACGUUUUCUACGCCAUGAACUCCACUGCCAACUACGACUUUGUGCUGAAGAAGCGUGGCCUGGCCCGGCCAAUGCGAGCCAAGAACGUCGCCAGUUCGACGCUGCCUCGCAUGAAACAGAAGGGACUGAAAAUCGCCAAAGGGAUUUUCUGAGGAGAAACGACGCACCACUUCCUGCCUCCCCUCCGCCCCCUUAACCCUCUCUGGUCUCCAACUCCUCAGAAGAAACAUUUGUGUUCGGGUCUGUCGGAGUUGGCACAUUAACCUGAAGUAUCUGAGUUUUGGUUUGGACAGAGAUGCCAGAGGAGAGAAAUGACCAACCUUUCUGUGGAUAAGCAGAAAGCAGAGGAGCACCUUAGCACUUAGGGACAGCUGUUGUGUCAUCAGGACCCUCCCAGGACUCUAAAAGGCCGAGUGCGACGCAGGAAACGCCCUGAUAGAAGCUGUUUCCUGAAGGCUGCGAGUUCAGGACAACAAAAGGACACGUUUGUGGGAAAAACAAACAGCCGCGUUGGUGUUGGGCGCCGCUGCUCGGAGGCUAGUCGAACUCUUUACCAGUCUCCGCUCGGUCUGAAACGUCACACAACCGGUCGUGUUGGCUCGUGGAGAAGACGAUCCAUCUCAUUUCCUGAUCCAUUACUUUUUGUUUACAACUGUUUACAUCUCAGCGUCACUCGGCCAGCUCUUAAACAUUUUUGUCCAAGCCUCUUGCUUGACUUUUUUUGCACCUUCAGUGAAACUAUUUUUUAAAACCCCAGAGUCCCUCGGCAGCCUUCAACUUCAGUCUUCAUGCACGCCCCCUCCUGGCAUGGAGUGUACAUACACGAACAAUACGAACAGCCGGGUGUUCGAAUGUGUUUCUAUUUUUCAGGGAACUUUUCUUGUGAGUGUACCGCCGCCUUUACCGUCUGGCCCCCAGGGUUCCUGAUGUCGACAGUGUUUCUGGGACUGCAGCACUGAACUCUCCACUCUGCGGACACUGGGACUGGUUUCAGCAUUUUAACACCAGCGACGCUGACGUGGAGGCAUCUGAACUCUAAACUUCUGAACGCUGCCAUGUUACAAAAAGAAAAAAGGUCAAGUGAAGUGGAAACAUGGUGUCAAAAUCCAGUGGGCACAGCCAUGAAUCACAUGCCAGUGUUUUCUUUUUGUUAUUUUUAUUAAUGAAUCGUAACCACUACACCGUGAAGGAUGUGGCAGUCCUUUGAUCGCACUUGACUGGGACACAAAACGUUCCCAAGGGAAGAACAAAUGAGCUGAAAACAAAAAAAAAGAACUGUGUGUAUAUAUCGAUUAACACCGACUGUGCAGUAUAUUCUUUUGAAACGGACCAUGAGAUUUUGUUAAUAGACUCGUCAAUAUCAACACUUUUUUCCAUUUUUGCUUUGUACAUUUUUUUGCAUUUCUCUGCUCUGAUAUGGUGCUGCUGCUAACUAUCUUUAUCACGUCACUGCUUUCUCUACUUCCUGAACGCCACCGCCAUGCUGGAAGACGACACGAGCAUCUCUUCUCACCUGCGGAGUGAGACCUUUAAAUGUUGGGUUUGCCGUUGUCAGAAAAUUCUGUUCGAUGUAUGGAAGCCCAUUUCUGCCAGAAAAAGAAAAACAAGAUUAAAAAAACCCAAAAAUACUAAACUUUGACUAAUUACUCAUAAGUUUGAAUUACUAUGAACAGAUGUGACAAUAAUGAGUAUUUUCCCAUUGAUUAUUCUUUCGGUCUCUCGAUUAAUCAUUUAUCAAGUUAUUGUCUUAAAUGAACUUGUCUUAUCUGACAGUCCAAAGCUGAACGUUUAUUAAAUUAGUAUCACAUAAAACAGAAAUGUAAAGUGAUAACCAUAGAUUUUUGGUAUUUUCACAUAAAAAAUGACUUAAACGAUUAAUCGCUUAUCAUUUUUUUUUGCUGGUCAACUAAUCAAUUAAUUAGACAAUUGUUUUAGCUCCAUUCAUGAGUAUUUUUAUCACUGCAAAUUUUUCUUUAUUUUUCUGGCAAAAAUGGGCUUCCAUAGACCAGAGGGAAAGUGCUUACAAGGUUUUAUUAAAAAAAAAAAAGAUUUUCCAUGAAAAUAUUUGAUAUAAUUGAAUUUGACCAUAGUAAUUGCAAGAGUUAAAAUAUUUAGUUUAUUAAAUAUUUUUUUCUUCUUGAAAAGCAACAUUUUGACCAUCGAAGACACUAAAAGCUGACUUGAAUUAUUAUUGUUAUUAUUUUAUAUAGGGAUAGUAUGUCGUGUUCCUGAAUCACUGCAGUAGAGAAACUCUGGGACACGAAACGCAAUUUAUCAAAGAAUAAAUAAAUAAUAAUUAUAAAAUAAAAUAACAUAAAUGUAUCAAAACAAAAUAUUCUGUUAGGUUAGCAUGUUUCUCUUGCUGUGGUCAGAAAAGAAUAUUCAGCAUUUUCUGUAACAGCAAACUGAUAUUUUGGUUUAAGCCUGGUCUCCACCGCUGCACCAGAAGAAGAGAUGGACUGUGUUUUAGUGGUUUGGUUCUUCCAACAUGGCGGAUCAUCCUUCAUAUCCAUCAGUAACCACUUUCCAAAUGUGCCAUGACAGACUUGUGUGUUGCAGACGCACCCGACGCGUCCUGCUUAUUUAUCCUGCAGGACGUUCUUUCUUGCGGUGUCGGCUGUGCUUGACGUGCCGGUGUUGACAGCAGAGUCUUUCCUCUCUGGGCUCUUUCUCUCUUACGGAAAGUGUGGAAAAGAUUUUGACGACAUCCAGACGUGGAAAACUUGUCAAAAUACAGAAAAGCUCCUUAAAUCAGGCAGUAGGAGCCCAGACGAACGACGGUGAUGCUGCCAAGCUGCACAUGAGGGAACAAACUCUUCUUUCUGUGCUGUUCAUGAUCUGUUUCUUUCAAGGAAAAAUCCAACCAAAAAAACAUCUUAUCACUGUUUUAAAAAAGAAGAUUUUGGUGACGCACUUUCCAUUUUUUGGGGGGCCAUAUUUCUUUUAUUCCCAUGGAUACAAAGUCACAUUUCUAACAGCUACAAAACUUUUUAAAGAGCUUCUUUUCUGGAUUCUACAUUUUCCUUCCGUUAGCUUGUUCUAUUGACCGUUAGCUUAGUCACAACCCCGUUAGCUCAUAUGCAGCUACAAUGACAAUAGAGGCACGUUAACCAUCAAAAGUCUAGGUUAUUUCUGUAGGAGUGGGUCCCAAAAAUAGACAAAAGCAGCUUCUCAUUUCAAGCCAGCAGACUGCUGUCGCUAACAGAUUUUGUCAGCCGUUGCGAGAACCCUGUAAAAUGGAUCCUUAAUAUGCACUUACAUACAUGAUAUCAUGCUUAAGGCCUGAGGCUAAUGCUAACUGGCUCAAAGUCCUCACCAGAGGAUGAUCCAUUCAAAAAACAUGGAAAUUAAGAAACAGCCUGUAUUGACUUAUUGGUCCUAGUACUAUAAGUAUGAUGAGGAAAAACUGAAUGUAACGCAUGUCCUGGUUUUGGCUCGUUAGCUUACAUACUUCACAUACUUUUCACAUGCUUUCAUUUUAAAGAUGAGGACUGACGAAUGUGUCAACAAAUGUAAAUCUUUGGUAACACUGGCAGGAGUGUAAACUUCCCCAAAUCCAAUGUAGAGCAGGACAGAGCUGCUAACGUUAGCCUAAACUCUGAUAGCAUCCAGGACCAGCUUCCACAAACUGCAGAGAAAAUACGACACAGUGGAUGUGUUAGUCGUGAACAGGACAUUUUUCCUUACACACAAACUGAUGAAAUGUUUUAAUGAUGUGCUUUUUGGCCCUGAAAGUAAACACCAAAAGCGAUAAUGAUGUUAGCAUCCACACUGUUGAGCAAUAUCGUUCUGUAAACAGUGGCGCCAAGAACAUGUUGCGUGCUCCAGACGGCAGUAAAUUUCAAAAGGCCUUUGAUUGGCAGUCAGAGUUUCUAUUGUCGAUCAAAUCGCUCUGAAAGUGAUCCCAACAAUAUUGUUUUCCAGUGUCGUUGUUGCUGUAGUUACACUGUGAACUAAACUAAAAACGAUGGCUCUUAAGACUCACUUACUUCUGAAGGUUGUAAAACAGUUAGCCGGACAUGCUAACGUUUGUGGGUCUUGUUAGAGCAGAUAAACUCACAGAUUAAUGCACGUCUUACACUUUUGCUUUUGUGUUUUUAGAAAUGCUUAAAAAGUUACGAAACUUUGAACGUCCCAAGCUGUAGCUAUGAUUGGACAGUUGCUGUUGGGAGGUGGCGCAAAAAGCCUGUUACAUCAACAGCUAAUUUUCAGACCCCUUCCCUGAGUGCUGUUGCAGAGCAUCCUGGGAAAUGUAGGAAAUCACCAAUUAAGGGAAAGUGGCUUCACCAAAAAUGCUUUAUGACUGAAUAUCAAAGGUUGGAUUCUUCCUGAGUUCUUCAUAUCACAACAAAACACUACAUUUGCCUGGAUUGCACUGCGACCAUGUAUUGCCUUUUUUUUUUUUUUUUCUUAUUUCCACCUGCAUGAAGUUCAUAAUUCUCUUAACGAUCAAGUGAAUGAAACAUAUCCCCCGCACCCCUGAAAAACGCCCUGCGAAAGCAAUAUGGUGACGAGCGGCAGGAGGCACGUCGUCCGGCUGUUGUGGAUGUUGUCCGUGCCCCUGUGGCGUGAAAUCCUUCGCUGUUGAACACUGUGACCUUUGACCCCUUUCACUCUGCCCUCUCUGCCUGUUGAUCGGCGCGUCACGUCGAGCACUGUGAACUGAAAAAAAAAAAAAAAAAAAGUCUCGUUCCCCCUUAGCGGUGUCGUAGUAAACAUCCGCCCCUCGCUCGUCUUGUUGGCGAGCAGCGAAGGCGUCAGGCUUGACCCUCCAUGUGCCAAAAAAAACAAGGAAAGAGAGAAAAAGGUUUUAAACAGACGAGUCCUCUGCCUUUCACAGUGAAAAAAAAAACAAGUUUAUAUGUUUACUGUUGUUGCAUUUUUCUGGAAAACAAAAAAAAGGGUGAAAACACUAUGAUGUCUGGACCCGUUUCCCUGUGGAGAAUUAGACGUCGAGUUGUCCGAGAAACUUGAAGCAAAGGAUGUUUGUCCGGAGCUGCAGAUGAAGCUGUUGUAGAAACUUUAAUAAAUUAAUCCUCCUUUUUCUCAUGUUUUAAUGUCGCCUUUAAUAACUGCUGCUGGAUUUGCCUAUAUUCAAAAGUGGACCGUCAAACCAGCAGCUCGUAACCAUACAGCAGGUUUUUAUUCCAACCAAACUUUAUAUCUGACAUGAAAGAAACAAAGAAUCUCACUCACUUUAUUAACAAUGUUUUAGGUAAUAAAGUGAGUACAAGUGGUCGACAGUGUCUUCAGUUUUUAAUACUGCACACUCAUCAAAAACACUUCAUGGCAUGCAGGAACGUUACAUUAUUCUAUAUAUUUCAUCCCACUGGUGCUCAACAUUUUACACAAGACUUUAAUGUAUUUUUACUUUCUUUGUGGGCAAGUUUCAGGCAUGAAAACCACUUGAGAACGUCAGAACGUAUAUCAGAGAUCCUCCUCCGUUGUGUCGGAGCGACAUCUUUGCAACAUGACCUUUAAUGCAUCAUGAUGUCUGUAAAAAAGUGUUUUAGUACCUCCUACUUGAUGUCAUAAAUUAAUGUAGACUAUGGAGCAGCAGUUCACACUAAAACCAUCAACUUUUACAGAUCCCUGAAAAAGACAUUGUUGGCCACAUUAUUCUAUAUGUUUGUCUGGUUGUCAAAAACCCCCAUGAAAAGAUCAAAACAAUGUGUUUGUCCCUCCAGGAUUUUGCGGUCUGAUUGCUUUGACUGAUUUCACGGCAACUGUUCUAAAAGAUUGUGAUGGUUGCUGCAGUGUUUGUAGGAAAAUUGAAAAAAUGGCUGUGAUGCUGUCUAGGAUUCAUGAUGCCGCCUAUCAAAGCAGCGCUCAAGGAUCGUCCCCGUUAGCUGCUCCCCUCAUGCUCUCUCUGCCUGGUUAGCACAAGCUAACUCGGCACAAUGUGAUCUUAUCCCUACUUGUCAUCUUUUGCUGUGUAGGCCGAAGCCCCGCAGCAGUUAACAUCCGACACAGAGCCGUUUAUCUCAAACCGACACAGAAAUGGCUCGGCUUGAUUCUGCCGUUAAACCUGUUUAAAAACCCUAGGGUAACGUUAGCCGUGUGAUGCUAACAGUUAGCCCCGUCACUGUGUGUUUGUGACUCCAGGCACAGAACCCCAAAUCAAUACACUGUAUGCAGCUCUACAAUAAAAUGAUAUUUUAUCCUUUUUAAAUAGUAAAACUUGGAGAAAAGUUAGACAAAAUUGCAAGGAUGUGUAGAAUUCACACUUUGCAUUAAUUAUUGCGACCACAACAUCGCAACAUCCUGGAGGGACUGGUUAGUCCAUCUCUCAGUACUGUCUGACUUCCUUAGAUUCUACUGAAGACGUAAAUAAUUGAAAUAUAUGGCUUCUUUUCCUUAUGUUUUCAAGGCUCAUCAAUAUCCUAAAGCAGGUGCUCACUUUUCCAAACACACCUUGAACGCAGUGUAAGUUCCUUCUUUGUCUUUGGUUGGAAUAAAAACUUUGUUAUCAUCAGGCCUUGAAUUAAAGAACACUGUUGCCUGUAUCAGUGAUGACUUGCUUUCUGCAGCAGCUCCGUCUCCUAACAUUGAACAUAAACAUCGUGCACAUGAGUGGAACUUUAAAAUGAACUGACCCUGCGAGCGUUUCCGUGCUGUUGAGGUUGAUGUUGGACCGGUUUGUGUGUGUCGUCGUAGCCCGUGUUGACAAUGACGUACCUUUUUGUGAUUUGACCUGAUUCUGUGCGAGUUUGAACAAAAAGGCUGCGUUUACAAGAAGAAGAAAAAAAAACUUAAAAACUGGAAACCAGCUGGUGUGGUGUGUGUGUUUUUAUUUUCAUUUCUUUGUUUUGUUCCCCUGAACUGUGCUCGGGUGCCAUUUUCCAUUUUAACAAAAAAGAAUUUCCGAACUUUUUCUAACUGCAGUCUCUUCUUUGUUUUACUUUUCCUACUUUUCCCAAGAACACAAAAACCCGUGUAGAAUACAAAACUCCUUGAUUAUGUCUUUGUUUAUUUAUUGAUUUGUAUAUAGAGAUUUUGUUUUGCAUUGUACAUUCUCUCCUUUCUUGGUUAUAGAUUAAUAUAUUCAUGUAUAUACGAAUAAACAUUAAGUUUAUAAAAGUAAAAA